AUGGCUUUUCUCCAGUUCAAAAGCGUUGAAGUCUAUCCUCAUGAUAGUCCACAAAAAAGCGAAUUAUUAAAAAUAUUCGACAAGAUAAAAACAUAUACUAGUUUUAUUAUACAAACAGAUCCCGCUUUAUCUAUUUUAACCAAUAUUGCAAAUGCGGUUUACGAUAAAAUUACAGUGGAGAAUAUCAUAAGACCAAAACCAUUAUCAAACGUUAUUGAAUCCUCUGUCACUGAAGAACAACAACUUGAAUUAUUCAGAAAAAUACGUCAGUUGGAUAUUAUUUUAUAUGAUAGCAUCGCAUCGAUGGGAGAAGAUGAUACAAUUAAUGGGCAACAGCGUUCAUGUUUUCGAAAUGUUUACGGUAUGACCAUUCGAUCUCAAAAAAAAAUACCGUCUAUUGUUUUAAAUAGUAGAUUAUUAGAAGGUGAGAAUGAAGCAUGUACAAUCGUUUUCGGUUCGAUCGUUUUGCUUCAUGAAAUCACUCACGGCUUAGUAUUUCCGGGUUUUUCAUCGACACCGGCCAGAGAAGCGUUUCGAUGUUAUCAUGAUGUUGACACUUAUGACGGUGGAUGUUAUCUGAAACAUCAGAUGUGUGGUGGAGAAAUGUUUAUUCAUAAAACAAAUAAAAAAAUGUAUUUACUGCAACAGGGUAACAAGGUCAGAUUUGUCACUGGUGAUCUUUUGCAGCAUAUUUAUGAUGAACAUUCAUUCGAAAAUUUGCUUGAUUAUGCGAAUAUGGGUGAAAGCGAAAGUAUGUCAUUAACAAAACCUCAACCUACUGGCGAGUAUUCAUCCGAUGUAUGUAUGAUAAAUUUACCAAAUAAAACCGAAGGUGCAAAACAUUGUCCUACUGGCGAAUAUCAUAAACCAUUGUGUAAUUAA